AUGGGACUUCUGAUUGAUGGGAAAUGGGUUAAACAAGGCUAUGACACCUUAAAAACUGGAGGACGAUUCAUUAGAACAGAAUCUCAGUUUAGGAAAUUUGUUACUAAAGAUGGUAGCAGCGGAUUUAGAGGCGACUCAGGCCGCUAUCAUCUCUAUGUAUCACUAGCCUGCCCAUGGGCGAGUCGGACACUUAUUGUUAGGAAUUUAAAAGGUCUCCAAAAUGAUAUAUCAGUCUCUGUUGUAAAUCCUAUUUCUUCAGAAAAUGGCUGAACCUUUGAGGAAUAUGAAGGAAGUACUCCAGAUACUUUGAGUAACAGCAGAUUCUUAUAUGAAGUAUACCUUAAAGCCAACCCUGAAUACACAGGAAGAGUUACUGUGCCUGUUCUCUGAGACAAAGAAACCAAUGCAAUCGUAUCCAAUGAAUCCUCUGAAAUCAUACUAAUGAUGAACAGCGGAUUCAGCUGUGGAAACGACCUCAAUUUUAACCCAGAAGAGAAAAAAGCAGAAAUUGACGAAAUUAACGCAUUUGUCUAUGAUAAAAUUAAUAACGGAGUAUAUAAAGCAGGCCAUGCUACAACUCAGCAAGCUUAUGAAGAAGCGUUCACUGACCUUUUUGAUGCUUUAGAAGUUAUAGACCAAAGACUUGAAAAUCAGAGAUAUUUGGUAGGAAACACCUUGACAUUAGCUGAUGUUAGGCUAUUUGUGACAUUGGUGAGAUUUGAUGUCGCUUAUGUAGGAAUUUUUAAAUGCAAUUUGAAGAGGAUUGAAGAUUUCAAGAACUUGCCUGAGUAUUUAAGGGAUUUAUAUCAGACUCCAGGGUUUGGAGACACUGUGAAUUUUGAUCAUAUUAAAAAUGGUUAUUAUAGAGGCUUUGGGAAUAUUAAUCCAACUGGAAUAGUUCCUCUAGGACCAAUUGUGGAUUAUACAAGACCUCAUAAUAGAGAUAGAGCAUAUGGGAUUUAA